CGCACGCGGCCGGCCCGAAGGGGAAGUGAGUCAGAGUCUGCGGACCGGGCGGCCCCGACAGGCCCCGGGCCGGUGGCGCGGCGGCGGCCAUGGCUGGGGGCCCGGGCCCGGGGACCCCGGAUGCCCCCGGCGCCCAGCACUUCUUGUACGAGGUGCCGCCCUGGGUCAUGUGCCGCUUCUACAAAGUGAUGGACGCCCUGGAGCCCGCCGACUGGUGCCAGUUCGCCGCCCUGAUCGUGCGCGACCAGACGGAGCUGCGCCUGUGCGAGCGCUCGGGCCAGCGCACGGCCAGUGUCCUGUGGCCGUGGAUCAACCGCAACGCCCGCGUGGCCGACCUCCUGCGCAUCCUCACGCACCUGCAGCUGCUGCGCGCGCGGGACAUCAUCGCGGCCUGGCACCCUCCGACUCCCCUGCUGCCCCCCAGCUCCACUGUCCCCACGCCCACCGGCAUCGGUGGCCCGGCAGAGACCGAGGUCCACAGCCAGAAGGUGCUGUCCCCCGCCUGUACGCUCCUGACCCCAGGCCCCCAAACCUGCUCUGAGCCCGAGCCUGGUCCCGGCCCCAGCCUGGCGCCCCCCUCACCAUCUCCAGCCCCUUCACUCACUAAGCCCAGCCCAGACAGGCCCGACUCAGUCCUGCCCGGGGCGCAGCCCUCCCCCUUCUGCUGGCCCGUCCAGGAGAUUUCCCAGGGCACCCGCAACUUCUCGGACGAGGUCAAGAUCGGGGAGGGCGGCUUCGGGUGCGUGUACCGGGCGGUGCUGCGGAACACGCUGUAUGCAGUGAAGCGGCUGAAGGAGGAGGCUGACCUGGAGUGGGGCGCAGUCAAGCAGAGCUUCCUGACGGAGGUGGAGCAGCUGUCACGGUUCCGUCACCCCAACAUUGUGGACUUUGCCGGCUACUGUGCCCAGGGUGGCCUGUACUGCUUGGUGUACGGCUUCCUGCCCAACGGCUCCCUGGAGGACCGACUCCACUGCCAGACCCGGGCCUGGCCCCCUCUCUCGUGGCCCCAGCGCCUGUGCAUCCUUCUGGGGACCGCCCGCGCCAUUCAGUUUCUGCAUCAGGACCGGCCCAGCCUCAUCCACGGAGACGUCAAGAGUUCCAACGUCCUCCUGGAUGACAGACUGAGGCCCAAGCUGGGCGACUUUGGCCUCGCCCGCCUCAGCCGCUUUGCAGCGGCCACCCCCGGCCAGAGCAGCACAGUGGCCCGUACGCGCUCUGUCCGCGGCACCCUGGCCUACCUCCCCGAGGACUACGUGAAGACUGGCCGCCUGGCUGUGGACACGGACACCUUCAGCUUCGGCGUGGUGGUGCUGGAGUCGCUGGCUGGCCAGAGGGCCGUGAGCACACAGGGAAGCAGCUGCAAGUACCUGAAAGACCUGGUGGAGGAGGAGGCCGAGGAGGCCGGGGUGGCCCUCUCCAGCCCCCAGACCGCGCUGCAGGUGGGCGCGGCCACUGACCCUUGGGCCGCCUCCGUCGCCUCCCGGAUCUACAGCAAGCACGUGGACCCCAGGCCAGGGCCGUGCCCGCCCGAACUGGGCUUGGCACUCGGCCAGCUGGCCUGCUGCUGCCUGCACCGCCGGGCCAAGAGGAGGCCGCCCAUGACCCAGGUCUAUGAGCAGCUGGAGAAGCUGCAGGCAACGCUGCCGCUGGAGGCUGCCCUCUGCGGCCCGCCUUCCCCCCAGGAGGACUCCUACGUGUCUACCGACGGCAGCGCCCUGAGCAGUGCCGGGCUGUGGCAGAGUCCGGCCGCAGCGCCGCUCCACAAGGGCCCCAACCAGCCAGAGGAGAGCGAGGACAGCUCAGACAGCCCGGCCUCAGGAGCGGACCCCUGCAUCCCGGUCACCCCGAGGCCGGCCAGCCAGACGCCAGGGGGCACCAUCAGAGCUGUGGAAGGCUCCCUCCCAGGCAGCUCCGCGUCCUCCCAGCCACCCCGGAUCAUCAUCAACCCCGCCCGGCAGAAGAUGCUGCACAAACUGGCCCUGUAUAAUGACGGCAUCCUGGACAGCCUGCAGCUCCUCUCGUCCACUUCCCUGCCAGGCCUGUGCCUGGAGCACCCGAGCAGCCAGCUGCCGGAGGAGAGUGAUGAGUUCCAGAGCUGAUCUGGCCGCUGGGCAGAGCCUCCAAACCCGGAAGUCAAAGUUCUCAUGAUUGGCAGUUCUCACGGCCCUGGGGGGCACACAGGGCGACCGACUGCUUGAAGUCCUGCCUGGGUCGCCACCUGCAGGAGAUGCACAUGGAGGGGCCGGGGUGGGGCGUGGCGAGGACUGAGAGCCCACAGUGGGUACCAGCCAGCCCGCCCUCAGCUGGUCAUUGGGAGAAAUGAGGUGUGACAUGCUAGUGUCCUGGCACGACGUAGAAAUUCCAAGAAUCUCCAGAGUCCAGCAUGUCAGCCCGCUUGGACCAGAAUGUCCCCACACCAGGUGGGCUCCCCUGAGGCUGGCCCGGCACUGAUGCCAACAGAGGAGCACCUCCCUGUCAGGUGGGGCCUGAGCUCCAGUGAUUGGCAUCCAGCGAGAAGACCCGCGAAGGAGAGAAGGAGCGAGGGAGCAGGUGGAGAGGGCGGGGAAGCGUUUCCAGGAGAAAGGGAAUGGGACCAUGGCCUUGAGCAGGUGCCCGUGGAGCCCGGC